AUGAUACGUUCAGCUGUUCUUUCCUUAAACUUUUUAACAGCAUCAACAACAUUAGCGGGUGAAAUAUUACGCACUACAUAUUUUGCUGCUUCUUCAAGAUGCACUAACAAUGGAAAAUCUUCCUGUUUAGGAUUAAUAAUAUCAACCAAUCUAACUAUUUCUUCCGUCUUAAAAACAAAGAAUCUAGAAUCAUUAGCAAAUGGUUUAAGUUGA